AGCAAGCGGCAACCUCUGGCUUUAACAAUUGAAGUCAAAGUGGAAGUGUUCAAAACUGCAUUUUCUCGAGUGUCCUUGGGUGACUUGAGGCUGGCUCCACUUUCAGCUCUGAUUCAGGUGGGAAACUGACCAACUUCCUGCUUGUAUCACAUCCAGACCUGACGUAAACCACGCCAUCUAGUGGUCUUCCGCUGAAAAUACUCAAUUGAGUGCAAUUGACGUGUAUAGUACCUCCAUGCAGCCGCCCUCUCUGAUGCCACUAACCACAAUGUCCAGGCUCGUGUGAGGAGCUGCCUCUGACUGUCAGCACACACAGACAGAGACAGGCGAGCCUCUGCAGCAGCAGCAGCAGCGCGAGCACAGCGGCGGAUUCACCGGGACCCUGCACGCGGAGGAAUAUGGCACCUCUGUGAGAGAAAGGUAGGUCAAUGUGGCUACUAAAGCAGCCUGGACUAGUCGUCAGCGGUUGUGGAUUCCUGAGGUCCGUCUCUAUAGCAACCCUUUCCUCCUCCUGAGUGUUGCUGCCAACUUUCUCUCCUCGCCGCACGCCAAAUCUCUCCUCAAUCCCCCCCAUACCCCCCACCCCACCCUCAGCCAACCACUCCCUCUGAACUGCGUUGGAAUGGACACAGAGUCGACCCACUCGGGCUACUCAUAUCACUCGAGCCGCUCCGGGAGAUCAAACCGACAUGGGGAUCGAAGCCGUGAGCGCCACAAGGCCAGCAGUAAGGACAGCGUUCGGUCGGAGAGGUCUGUCGUCAUCAACCCCCCUGACUCACCCUCCCAGGAAUCCCCAGUUCACAAUGGAGAGCCACUGCCAGGAGAGCCAAUACCUGGAGGAGAGCAAGGAGAUGAAGCCCAGGAUGAUAACUGGGGGGAAACCACCACCGCAGUGACUGGCACCUCAGAGUUAAGCAUCUCUCAGGAGGAUGUCGUUGGUCUUGGGAAGGAAAUUCAGGACCGGACCCAAGGUUUCCGCCGUUAUCUCCCUGUGGCUGUGGGUUUGUGUGUGGGGCUGCUGAUGGUGGCCACGCCCCUUGUCUUCCUGCUCCUCCCGGUGGUCAUGUGGCCCGAUAGACUGCAGGCCUGUGGCACUGCCUGUGAAGGCCUCUUCCUCUCCAUCUCCUUCAAACUCCUCAUCCUCCUGGUGGCCAUUUGGGCUUUGUUUAUCCGGCAGAGUCGCGCCAGUCUGCCCCGUGUGUGUGUGUACCGUGCCUUCCUCACCACGCUCACACUUCUGCUCACCAUGUCUUAUUGGCUCUUCUACGGGGUCAGGAUCCUCGAUGCUCAGGAUGAAGACUACCAUGGCAUCGUCCAAUUUGCAGUCUCCCUCGUGGACUCCCAGCUGUUUGUCCACUACCUGGCCGUGGUGCUGCUGGAGCUCCGCCAUCUCCAGCCGUGCUACAGCGUGUGCGUGAUGCGCUCCACUGAUGGAGAGACGCGUCACUACAACAUAGGGCAGCUCAGCAUUCAGAAAGCUGCUCUAUCCAUUCUGGAGUACUACUACAGAGAUUUUCCACUCCAUAACCCAGCGCUUCUCUCCGCCUCAAAGCACCGAGCUGCCAAACACCUGGCCGGGUUAAAGGUCUACAACGUAGACACUUUUAAAAAUAAACUGAGAACAUACCUUUUGGACACCCCGGGGAGCACGGCGGGAGCACAGCCCAGUAAUGGGAAUCAGUCACGGGCCAUGGUUACAGCUGCUGGCAAGCGCAAAGAUAGUGCCCACAAUGAGCUGUACUACGAAGAGGCCGACUAUGAGAGAAGGGUGCGGAAACGCAGAGCCAGGCUGGUGGUGGCCGUGGAGGAGGCCUUCACUCAUGUACGGAGGAUGAAGAAAGAAGAUGAGCGUGCAACUCCGUCUGACAUCAUGGAUGUGCGCGAAGCCGCCUUGGCCAUAUUUCCCUCCAUGGCCCGGGCCCUGCAGAAAUACCUCCGCACCACUAGGAGGCAGCACUGCCACAGCAUGGAGAGCAUCCAGAAGCACCUUGGUUUCUGCCUCAUCAACAACAUGAGCCCUAAGGCCUUCCUGGAGGCGUACCUGGCCCCUGGUCCCACUCUGCAGUACGGCCCUGAGCGCUGGAUGGCUGACCAGUGGACUCUGGUCAGCGAAGCUUCCGUCACCAGUGGUAUCAAGGAGGGGACAGAGUUUCUGCUGAAAUGUCUUGACUUUACCUUGGCUGUUUCCAUCAAAGGCAUACCUUACAUUCGACUCACUGAGGAGUACAUCGACCCCAAAUCCCACAAGUUUAUACUGCUGCUCCAAUCAGAAACCUCCGUUUAACCAGAGCUGAUGAUCUGGACUUAAAGGACUGUUACAAUUUCCUUACUAGGUUUUUCAAAAGAUACCUUUUUGUACCGUUUUUGUACUUCCGUUUAUGUAAUUUUCUUACAUAGAGCAUCUCUGUGUCAUUGUCUUUGCUAGGGGUGACAUGACAGUUAAAAAAAAAAAGAUAGAAGGCUGGAGGGAAUAUGCUUGGAUUUCUCUAACCUGACGUUUGCAGAACACUGUUAAGAUCACACUCACAAAUGUUCUUUUCCCUUACUUCUGCAAGUGCCAGUGUGUGCCUGCAUGGGAAAGUUCAUGACUUAGGAGUGGGCGAUAUAGGGUGCAAAAGUGCGUGUGUACAUGCGUGAUACCUAGGAUCUGUCUCAAUCUGUCUUUCGUUUCUCCUUAACUGUAAUGACCUGGAGAUUUAAUACGACAUUGAAUCCUUUUCAACAAAACUGCUCUGUUUACGGUCUUUGCAAAGUUUCUUUCCUGUAUUACAGAUGUUUGUACAGUAUUUAUAUGUGAAUAUACCUUAUCCCUCAAGACUUUUUAACAUCAAAAAAGUCAUGAUUGCUCUGAUGUUUUUUUUUUUUUUUACUUUUCAGAGAUUUUCCCUUUUCUACCAUGUCUGUUUGCGUUUUAUUCGUGGAGAAAACUGGACUGUAAAUAGAAGAAUACGUGUUCGCAAAUGUCAGAAAAAUCACCGGAAUCUCUUGGACUGAAUGCUGAUUACAGUACAGCUGAGUGGGUAAGAUGUAGCCGAUAUAUUACAAACAGAAGUCAUUAUGUUCACACUUCGGAAAUUUGCUGUUUGCAGCAAACUGAUCUUUUUGUACACAACAACUAACAAUUUGGAUGCUUUUGAGGUUCAUAUACUUGAUCAUUUUUAUAAACUUGCUUUUAAACCACACUUCUGCUCAGCAGCCAAGUGAAAAGAAACACAAGAAGCCUGGUGCCGUGUCCACCAACGCAGUUUUUUGCGCUAGCAGCGAUUGUUUUCUAUUCAAACUAAAUGUGAUUCAGCAGCCUCAGGGUUAAAACGCCCUCAUGGUCAAAAUUCCACCCGAUCCAUUUCGGUCCGUCUCCGAUCCGUCACGGCACCGGCUCUGAAAGGUUUCUAUUCUGAGCCACUGUAUACGCUCCGUUGCCUUCAGUCUGUCCGUCUCUGAUCCGGCACUUCGGAGCCCUCUGGAACAUUUACACAAGACUUCUAUUUUUGCCGGAUGCCGGAGCACGACACAUAAAUCUAAACAGAGAAGAUCGAGCGGGAAAUCAAACCUGGAGUCAACAGGUCAGAGGUUUUCAGAGGACGAUAAAGACAACAUGGAUGAGGAGAGGAAGAGGAUAUUCAUUAAUGCAGUAAUUACUGCAGGAAAA